AUGUCAAAUCAAUUCGUAACGAAAGACCAGUCGAAAUUAAUUAUAAACGUUAAAGGUUCAACUUUGUCAGAACGUACAAUACUAAAAAUUCAAGAAACUUUACGAAAAAUUCAAUCAGAAAUUCAAAUCGAAUCAAAUGUAGAUUAUGACAAUUUAUGCGGACCAUGGGUUUACUCAGAAAAUCCUCUUCAAAAUACAUACGUUCAUUCACCUCAGCCAAGUUUGUGUAUUUGGAAAUAUUUUACAGAAGAGGAUGUAAUUUAUCUUAAAAAGUAUCAAGAGAACAAGAACCUAAUAUGUUCUUUUUUUGGUUAAACUUAUUCAGUGGAAAAGCUAUUUCUGCAUGUUUGGGAGUCGUGUAUUUAACACAUUUAUUUUUUCUUUCAUAUCCAUGGUGUACAACUCGAGAAGUUUAUCAAUUUUUUUAUAAAACUAUGUUAUUACAUAUUGUUUUGGUUUGUACAUCUCUUAUUUUAACUCACCCUCCAAAAAGAUUAGAAAUAUUUACCGUAAAAGAAUGCAAGCUUUUAUUUGAAUUAUUUUAUAAAGUAUACAUAAAAAAUCUUGUUUUACUGCAUAUUCUUUGUCAUACAAAUUAUCAUUUUACUCUAAAAUUACAACUUCAAGAAAUUCAAUUAUAA